CCAGCACUUUCGGUUUCGUAGCGAAGCAAGGAAGCCAGGAUCUUGCAAGGAAGCAAGGAGCCUUGGAUUUUUGUGAUGGCUGAAAGAGACCCCAAGGAGGGUGAUGGGCCCUUCACCUUUGGUGCUGUCGUAAGGACGCGCGUGGCAAGCCGUUACAAACCUCUGAGAGAUGAUGCCUUGGGGAGCUCAGAGAUGAGUGAUGACGAGCUGGAGCCGGACUCAGACCCAGACCCACCACUGCAGGGAAACUGCUGCAGCUGCAUCAGAGAGGAUCUUCCACAGGUGAUGCCAGAGAUCAUCCGAGAGGCCGUGAAGCACCGCACCACGUACCAAGCUCACCUCCCUGGUGCAGGCAUCUUCCAGUGCUCCAUCACAGGCCUUGGCUUUAAGGUGAAGUCAGCAGUGACCAUCACCUACAGAUAUGCCACCUGGAGCAGACACCUCAGCAAGGCCGAUGAGGAAAUGUGGGUUCCUGCUGGACCCCUCUUCCACAUCAAGGUGCAGCCCAGGGUCGUGCAGGAGGUGCAUCUCCCCCACUUCAUCUGCCUCGCAGAAGGCGUAGACACCAGCGUAUGCUCCAUUGCCCAUUUUAAAUUUGAGAACAUGAUCCUGGAGAGACCAACCAGGGUGGCUGCAUUCUCUGCUGUCCUGAGGAAUCCCAGCUUCUCACUGCUUGGGGUGCUUUGGAGGAAGUUACGUUCAACCUUAUAUUCAUUUCCUAUGCAUUCUUUGGUGCUGAUCUACCAGCAGCUCAGGGCUGCAAAUACAACUUUUCACCUCUACCUGAUCCCAGAUGACAACUCUGUGAAGCAGGCCAUAGAAAACCAAGAAAAGGAUUGGAAUACAAAGCUUAUUCCCAAGCCUCCUCCAUUCAGCCCUCUGUUCUUUGGCUGCAUUUACCAGGUGACCAGUACAGAUUUGGUGGUGAUAACACCUGACGCACACUUGCCAUUUUGUUACAGGAGUCCUAAGGAACAGCAGCUCUUUGUUGAGAUCUACAUCAACAAUAUGGCAGAGGAAACUGGGCUCCUUAUGAUAAACACACAUGAUAAUACUGAGGUCUGGAGGGCAUCGCUGAGACCAGGUGAUAUUAAUCCUCCUGCCUUUGCCUCCAUGAACAUGUCAGGUGGAGCAUUCCUGAAGAAGCACAAGGCCAAACUUUGCUCCAGGAUGAGGCAGCUCACCAUUCUGCCACACUUGCGGAAUGCAAAUGUCAUCAAUAGUGAUGAAGAAGAGGAGCUGCAAAGUCAAAAUAAGAGUGUAACAAGGAACCUAAUUUUGCUGGAUCUAAUUGAGAAGAAGGGUCUGAAGGCCCAGGAACAGCUCUACCAGAUCCUCCGUUUGAAAGACCCGUAUCUCGUUGCAGAUCUGGAGAAUUCCAGCUAGGCCUGGAAAAGCAGAACUGCUUUUGUUCCCGUUGCUCAGCUUAUGGGAGCAAUGGAAGGGCAGUUAAAGUGUGGAAUCCCAAUGUUACACUGGAAAAUGCAAUAAUCCCUCUGAGCUUCCUGGUCCCAGGCCUGCAUUACUUGGCUGAUUCUAUUGCCAGCAGUGGACAUGACAGCUACUGGAGAGAAGCUGCUGGAACAAGAGACCUUGGUUCCAAAUCCACUGCCAAUACCUUGGAUCUGUCUGCUCCCCUGAGUCUGGGCCAUACAUCUCCAAAAGCUCCAUGCAGCUGCUGGGAGGUGAAGGAGCCCCUCUCAAAGGAGCCAUAGAAAAUAACAGAAGAGAUUCUUGAGCAAGCUGCUCUACUGGAAGGUGUCCCUGCCCAUGGCAGGGCAUUGGGACUGGAUGAGCUUUAAGGUCCCUCCCAACCCAAACCAUUCCAAGAUUCUAUGAUUCAGGUUCAUGCAUCUUCAGGGAAAGUCUGACUCAACACUUGGACACUGGCUGGGAGGGGUGCAGGAAUGGACCCAUGCAGACCGGAAGGGGAACCAGGAAGAACAAAGCAGGGUGAAGCAGAAGGGUGUUUUAAAAGCGGCCAUUUGGUUAUAAACCAGGCUGAGCCCUGUGCCGGUCACCACAGUCUGUCCUGGCUCUUUAUAUUUUCAUAUUAAACGUUUUUGUAAU